AACGGCAAGGUGCAGUUCGUGCAGUUUCGGCCGUCCGCCCGGCGAGCCCGCGUCGCGUGCCUGUGUGUGACAGUGUGUGUGUGCCAGUGCCGCGACAGUGCCGCAAGAGAGCCGCUGCCCCCGCAGCCCUUGGACUAACCGACAGACAGUGACUCCAAUCCAGCCGCCGCCAUGCUGCUGCUGCACACCCUGCUGGUGGCGUGCCUCCUCAUGAACCCGGUGCGGCUGGAGGACGCCGACGCCGAGGCUUCGAGCGGCCCCAUGGCAGCGGAGAGCGCCCCCGAGGCGGCCGUGGUGGCUGCACCCACGCAGACACAACAGCUGGAGCCCAACAACAAUAACAACAAGCUGGAGUCCGGGCCGGGCAGCGACCAGGAAGCUUCCGAGACCGCCCCCAAGCACAGCGGCUACGCGCCGCCCCCGCUCGGCCCCGGCCCCGGCCCUCUCGGGCCACCUCCACGUGGCCAUCCCUUACGCGGCCCGCCCCCGCACAAGCCGUUUAAGAACCAGUACCACGGCCCGCCGCCGCCCCUCGGCCCGCCCCUCGGCGGACCCCCGCAAGCCCAGCCCGAGGCCAUGGACAAGCUGUACGGGCCGCCCGCCCUCCAGGGGCCCGGUGGCCCUCCUGGCGGCGACCCCUGGCCAGUGUCCACCCCGGACAUGCCAAAGAUCGUGUCCCUGGACGUCAAGUGUGAGAAGAACGCCAUGAAGGUGUUCCUGAGCUUCGACAAGCCCUUCUACGGCAUCGUCUUCAGCAAGGGCCACUACAGCAACGUCAACUGCGUGCACCUGCCCGCGGGGCUGGGCCGCACCUCGGCCAACUUCGAGAUCAGCAUCCACGCGUGCGGCACGGCGGGCAACACGGAGAACGGCCUGUACGGCUACGGCGCCGACUCGGGCUCCGGCACGUACUUCGAGAACAUCAUCGUGGUGCAGUACGACCCCCAGGUGCAGGAGGUGUGGGACCAGGCGCGCAAGCUGCGCUGCACGUGGCACGACCAGUACGAGAAGUCCGUCACCUUCCGGCCCUUCCCCGUCGACAUGCUGGACGUGGUGCGCGCCGACUUCGCCGGCGACAACGUGGGCUGCUGGAUGCAGAUCCAGGUCGGCAAGGGGCCCUGGGCCUCCGAGGUGUCCGGCCUGGUCAAGAUCGGCCAGACCAUGACCAUGGUGCUCGCCAUCAAGGACGACGACUCCAAGUUCGACAUGCUGGUCCGCAACUGCAUGGCCCACGACGGCAAGCGCGCCCCCAUCCAGCUGGUGGAUCAGAAGGGCUGCGUCACCCGGCCCAAGCUCAUGUCGCGCUUCACCAAGAUCAAGAACUUCGGCGCGUCCGCCUCGGUGCUGUCGUACGCGCACUUCCAGGCCUUCAAGUUCCCCGACUCGAUGGAGGUGCACUUCCAGUGCACGAUCCAGAUCUGCCGCUACCAGUGCCCCGACCAGUGCUCGGACGGCAACCUCCCCAUCGGGCCUCCCGGCCACGUGGUGGGCCCCAGCCCUCACUCCGAGUACGGCCCCCCGCAGCACGGCCAGCACUCCCCGCUCGGGCUGGAGGCCUACCUGCAGGCCGCCGGCAGCCGGCCCCGCGACGAGCGCAAGGUGCGCCUCGCCAGCCACGGACCCCCCAGCCACGGCGUCCCCAGCCACGCCCACGGCCGCCACCGGCGAGAGACCGGCGACCAGCCGCCGCAGCGCCCCGCCGAGGUCGGCGUCAACAGGAUCAUCCGCGUCGUCUCGACGGGCGACCUCACGUUCUCGCUGGACGAGUCCGCCAACGCCUCCGCCCUGGCCUCCUCCGCCCCGACCAUGGUGCUGGGCGCGAGGGACGACGCCGGCCUCAUCUGCAUGACGACGCCGGGCUUCGCGGCCACCCUGGUGGUGCUGCUGGCCAUCCUAGUGGUGUCGUGCCUGCUGUCCGCCUUCCUGUGCGUGCGGCUCAGGCCCUUCGCGCUGCGGCACUCCGACAAGGCCGCGCCCGCCUUCAGCCAUCACCCCGUGGUGCCCGUCAUGGCCGUGCAGGCCACCAUGCAGAGCAGCAUGCAGGGCACCCUGCACGGCGCCAAGGCCAAGAGCAAGAGCUGCUUCUACUCGUAGGAGUGCAGUAGGAUUCUUUAGGACUCUCGCCACCACAAGAUGGAACGCUCUGUGUCCCCCGUAGUGACGCACGCCUGGCGGUG